GUCGAAGGUGAAGCCUAGAGUGCCUUAUAAAAACUUCCCUGGCUCAGUGCUCCUCACCAGUGCUGGCUUCUUGCUACAGCUCCACUCUCCUGUGCAUUGAGAGGUUAACCUGAGAUUGAGAAGAUGACUAAGCUGGAAGACCACCUGGAGGGAAUCAUCAACGUCUUCCACCAGUACUCAGUUCGGGUGGGGCAUUAUGACACGCUCUCCAAGGGUGAGCUGAAGCAGCUGAUCAAAAGGGAACUUCCAAACACACUCGAGAAUACCAAAGAUCAACCUACCAUUGACAAAAUAUUCCAAAAUCUGGAUGCUGAUAAAGAUGGCCAGGUCACCUUUAAGGAAUUCAUAAUCCUGGUGGCCGAGGUGCUGGAGACUGCCCAUGAGAACAUCCACAAAGAGUAAGAAGCUCUGAGGGGCUUUUUCCCAGCAAUGUCCCCAAGAAGAUGUUUCUUUCUCCUCACCCAAGUCCAGCCUUGCCUGAGGGAAGUGAGAGUUAAUAAAUGUACUCUUGAAAUGUU